CUUCUCACUCAUCACAUAUAUCCUGAGGUCGCUUCAAACUCUCGAUUGACUUCUUGCUACAUUGACGGAGAUACUACUGCACUUGCACAACUACGGGCUAGCCGUCACCGACAUCGCAGCGACGUUCUAUCCUAUGGAUGCCUUCGAUGUGCUACUGAGAACAACCAGCACCUCGGGGCUCGUUCUUCGAGGCGCAGUAGUUCUAGCCGCCAUCGCGAUCAUCAUAUCCUUGAUUCGAGCGGCCGCCUCCCCGUUGAGAUCCACCCCCGGGCCCUUACUGGCACGCUUCAGUCGCAUGUGGUACCUGAAGAAAGUCUGGACCGGAGAGCUGCCACGGAUUAACGUCGAUUUGCACCGCAGAUAUGGCCCGGUGGUCCGGAUUGCUCCAAAUGAAUACUCGCUUGACGACCCUGCCGCAGUCAAAACCAUCUACGGUCUGGGAACCACAUUCACAAAGGGGCCAUGGUACACCGCAAGCGGUCUCCCUUUCAAGAAGGACUGGAACAUGUUCCAGAUUCCCGAGAAUGACAAGCAUAUCCUGAUCAGGAAGAAGCUAGCGGGAUUGUAUACAAUGUCAUCUUUGAUGAAGAUGGAAGCACAAGUUGACCAAUGCAUUGACUUAAUCGAGACGAGAUUCCGCGAGAUCGCUCGGAGCGGAACGGCCAUGGACUUGCAGGAAUGGAUGCAGUUCUAUGCCUUCGAUGUUAUUGGAAACAUAACAGUAGCGAAGCGCUUCGGGUUUCUCGACGCUGGCCGAGAUGAAAUGAACCUCAUCCGGUCUCUCGACUUCUUCCUCGUCUACGCAGCCCGUGUCGGUAUAUAUCCAGAGCUGCACAAGUUUCUGUUUCUAUACGGGGCCACAGGUGCUCAGGCAAUGGUCAAGAUUAUCAAGUUCGUAAGGGAAGAAAUGGAGCAAUAUGAAUCUGACAAACCGAUCGGCGAUGACUUCUUCCUGGCGCGUGCAUUGCGGCUGCACAAGGAAAAGCCCGACUACUUCACAGACGUUGAGAUCUAUAACACCGCCGCAGCGAAUAUUAACGCUGGAAGUGAUACAACGAGCAUUAGUCUCACAGCUAUUAUGUGGAAUCUGUUGAAGCAUCCUGAGUCUUUUGCCAAGCUACGGGCCGAAAUCGACACGAAGAUAUCGAAUGGAGAGGCCAGCGAGAGUCUUACGUUCAGCGACACGCAGAAGAUGCCUUAUCUCCAGGCAGUCAUCAAGGAGGCUUUGAGGCUGCAUCCUGCGGCGGGCCUUCCGAUGCAGAGAGUAGUUCCCAAGGGAGGAGCUCAGCUCGCGGGUCUAUUCUUUCCAGAGGGAACAUAUGUCGGAAUCAACUCUUGGGUCGCACACCGCAACUCAGAAGUCUUUGGCAGUUGCGUUGAUGACUUCAGGCCGGAAAGAUGGCUAACUGAUGACGAGGAGACCAAUCUUAAGAUGGAUCGAUACUUUCUGACGUUUGGGCACGGUGCCAGGACUUGUUUGGGCAAAAACAUAUCAAUGAUGGAGAUAUGCAAGGUUAUUCCUCAGCUGGUUCGAAAGUUUGACUUCCAGCUGGCAGAUCCAAACGCGGAGCUGAAAACAUACAACGCAUGGUUUGUGAAGCAGGCCGAUCUGAAGGUCACGGUGAGCGAGAGGGAGCUGUGUUCUUCCCUAACGCAUCAGCAAGUCCCACUGCACUGAAUUACCUGUCCUCUCAGGACCUCGGGAG